UUUUAUUAAAAAUGGCUGAUUGAUAAACAUAUUUAAAAUAAACAGCAACAAUGCUUGUAAAUCGUCUCAAUAUCUGUCUUUAUACCUUAAUUCAAUAAAUUAUUUUUAAUCAGAUUACUUAAAAAAAAUGGUUGCUGGCACUUUUACAAAAACUUUAUUGUCUGCAAUUUUCAAUAAGGUUCAUUGUUUAGCUCAGGAUGGGAGGGACAAUGGUUUUGGAAACGGUUACGUGUGGGCAGGAUCUCUAGAGUCCGGUAUACAAAUCGCGACACACCACAAGAAACCAGUGAUGGUAAUAAUUCACAAAUCUUGGUGUUCGGCUUGCAAGAACUUGAAACCGAAAUUCGCAAACUCGGCCGAGAUCCAAUCUCUGAGCAAACACUUCGUGAUGGUGAACCUUGUGGACGACGAAGAACCAAAGAAUAAUAAAUUUUCACCCGAUGGAACAUAUAUACCUCGGAUACUCUUCAUAUCACCGAAGGGUUCAGUCGACCACGACAUAUACAAUGAGGAUGGGAGCAGCCAGCACAAAUACUUUUACAGCCGACCGGAACAAAUAGCGAAGUCGAUGAGACGAGUGCUCGAGAAGUAUAAAUACGAACAGUUUGAUGUAUGAUAUCUCCCUAUAGAAAUUAGUAAGUUUUUAUAACGAGACUUUAAUAAAAUUUUGCGUUUAUCUUU